AGACGCGCUGCCUGCUGGUUCGUACGGACGUCGUGUGCGUCGUUCCCCGACCUCCUCAAGCGCACUCCAUCACCUUCGUGUCCCCGGUCGACGUCAAGACGAUGCCACCCACACGUCGCUGAGCCUAUCGGAUUGUUUUCUUGCAAAGGUGGCCGAGCCCUGUGGAGCCUUAGCCACCCACUGAAGGAGCGACCGAAGAAAGGCACAAAACAUGAGACGCACUCCUCCCUUCGUCCUGGGCGUGCCCCUGACCUCCAGGGGAAGCAGUUCCUUGGCCCCCUCGGAGGGGAUGGCGCACAAGCAGUCGACAGUCAGCUUCUGUCCCAACACGGCCGAGGCACGACCAUUCCAUGAGAUCCCAGGACCCAAGCCCUUACCCAUCAUCGGCAACAUUUGGAGGUACAUGCCGAUCAUAGGAGACAUGGACAUCACCCGGAUGCAUCGGAACGCUCAAAAGCUCCUCAACCGUUACGGUCCACUGGUGCGCGAGGUCGUGGUGGGCGAUCGGGUGGUGGUGCACGUCUUCGAUCCUCGGGACAUGGAGCAGGUGUUCCGCAACGAAGGCCGCUACCCGGCGAGACUGUCCCACCGCGCGCUUCUCAAGUACCGCAGCAACAGGCCCCAGCAGUACAGCGGAGGAGGCCUCUUUCCUUCAAAUGGCGAAGAGUGGUCCCGGCUCCGGCACACCUUCCAGAAGCCCCUGAUGCAGCAGAAUUCCAUGGCAGUGUACAUGCCCGUUCUACAGGAUGUCACGUGGGACGUGGCUAACCUUAUUCGCAAAACGCGGCACAGAACGAGCCUCGAAAUGCGAGACUUUCUGACUGAGUUGUACAGGUGGGCGCUGGAGUGUACGGGAGUGCUGGCCCUCAACACUCGCCUGGGGUGCCUGGAGGGCAAGCUGUCCCUGGACUCUGAGCAGCAGCGGCUCGUUGAGGCUGCCUCCGAGACGCAUCGCAUCAUAAUGCUGACCGAGAACGGCCUGCCUUUCUGGAAGUUCUGGGACACUCCGGCCUACAAGAGACUUGUCAAAUCGCAGGAUUUCAUGGCCGGAAUAGUAAACAAGUACCUAGGCCAGGCGAAGGAGAAAGUUCGCACAGACAUUCCGGAAGAAAAAAAGACUGUCUUGGAAAAGUUCCUGUCAAAUCCGGAAACCGACAUCAAGGGUGUCUUCACCAUGAUUCUGGACAUGUUCCUCGCCGGUAUAGACACGACAGCGUACACGACGUCCUUCAUCCUGUACUACCUUGCCACCAAUCCGUCUAGCCAGGAGAAGCUGUUCUUGGAGCUGCGCCGGCUUCUGCCCGAGAAGGAUUCCCAACUGGACCUCGAGCAACUCCAGAAUGCUUCCUAUCUUAAAGCCUGCAUCCGCGAGAGCCUCAGAUUAAGUCCGAUUGCGAUUGGAGUCGGGAGGAUCCUGCCCGAAGACGUUGUCCUGUCGGGAUACAACGUGCCAGCAGGGACGGUGCUGAUCACACACAACCAGGUGGCCUGUCGUCAGGCGAGCAACUAUCCGGAGCCCGAAAGCUUCUCGCCCGAGCGCUGGCUCAAGGACCGCAGCGACCAGGGCUCGACAGCCAAAACUCACCCGUUCUGCCUGCUGCCCUUCGGCUAUGGACCCCGCAUGUGCAUCGGCAAGCGCUUCGCCGAGACCGUCAUGUGCCUUCUGGUUGCCAGGAUUGUUCGAAACUUCGAGCUGGAGUACAAGUACGACAAAAUUGACUGCUUCACGCGGUUGAUCAACGUUCCAGACAAGCCACUCAAGAUGGUAUUCGUAGAUAGAAGUAAUUGAACGGACACACAGACGAAACCAUACAACGAAUUACCUUCUAAGAACGAACCAUUUGGAGAUGACGCCAUGCUGAGAAAUUCGAGAAGCAUGAGAGCCAUGAUCAUUUGCUUCUAGCAUUUGUUACCCGAGUCUGGCCGGAUCAAUUAUUCGAUAUUAAUAAGAAAAAUAUGUCAAUGAUGAAAUAUCGAUCUUCAUUCCUUUCUUAUUAUAUUUUUAUAUUGACAUCGAGCAAGUGUAUAAUAAUGAAUGCGCAUUUGAAAGGUAUCACAUCUUCAUAGUACAAACGGUAGACACCACACGUUCGGACGCUUGAUGGUAAUAUAAUUCCGACUGUCAGUUUUAAUACCUUACAAGCUGCGGAGAGCUUUACAAAGAUUUACAACUUACGAAGAUUUUUUAACCAUGAUACUUGCACAAACUAUUAUAAAACAUAUUUUACAUAACACGUUUAAUGUACUGUAUAUAUUUUCUUUGAGGCUUUGUGUGUCUAGUGGGGGCUAUUUUCAAAGUAUGUACAAGUUGCAAUUGUGAAAUAAAAACAAGCUAAUUAAUAA